AUGGCCGGAGGGCGGAGGUUCGAUGAUGAUGGACUUAUGGACUUCCUGGCUUUGAGCUGGGCAGGUUUUGGACCUAUGCUGGUUAUGGCCUUAGGCAUAUGCUUGACAGGGUUAAUGCUUAGGCAGGCCAUUACAGGUUGGGUUGUGUUUGAUGGAGGCCAGCAGGUUAUCUGGUUUGUGGUGAGAUUGUUUGUUUAUCUGGUUUUGACAGGGUUCAGGUUUAUGCUUAGGCGUGGUUUGUAUGUUUAUGCAGGGGAUAAAAGGCUUCAGCAGGCUUCCAAUUGUAUCUCGAGUAAUUGGGUCUUAUCAUUGUGGCUAACUUCUCAUACGAUUCAAAGUGAACUCGUGAUUGGAGGAGGGGAUAUUUUUUGUCUCUGCCUUGCUAAAAUGUCUUGUAUGCUGUUAAUAUGA